AUGGCAGACUCCGAGACAACAGCGACUCGCAGCGUAGAGCCGUCGUUCCUUGAUUCAAAAGAAAAAGAAACAGUCGAGAGCGUCAUGCCAUCCACCGCCCCAUCGAUGCGCGAGAAGUCGCCUGAAGUCCAAGGAGAGGCAACAGAAAACGAGAAAGCUUCAGAACAUAAACCAGAGGGUAGCACUUCAGAAGAAGAGGAUUUCGAGUAUCCUAAGGCAUGGAAACUUGCCAUUAUCACUAUUGCGCUCUGCCUAUCUGUUUUCUGUAUGGCAUUGGUUCAUACCAUCAUCGCGACUGCCAUUCCUAAAAUCACUGAUCAAUUCAAAGCGCUCAACGAUGUGGGUUGGUACGGAUCCUCUUACCUUCUCACAACCUGUGCGACUCAGCUUAUUUACGGCAAAUUCUACACCUUCUACUCGAUCAAAUGGGUCUAUAUCUCGGCUCUGGCAAUCUUCGAACUCGGAUCCCUAAUUUGCGGUAUAGCGCCUAACAGCACCGCGCUUAUUCUUGGACGCGCUAUUGCGGGUGUUGGAGCUGCAGGCAUUUUCUCUGGGGCUAUCCUGAUUGUUGCCAACACCGUCCCCCUACGACAACGACCGACUUAUAUGGGCCUAAUUGGCGGGAUGUACGGUAUUGCUAGCGUUGCCGGUCCACUCAUGGGAGGUGCUUUCACCGAUCAUCUCACAUGGCGCUGGUGCUUUUACAUCAAUCUUCCUUUCGGUGGUGUUACAGCUGCCUUCAUCAUUCCUUUCUUCAAUGUUCCUCGCCGGGGCAAAAAGAGCGGAGCCACCUGGAAGGAACAGCUCGAGAAGUUCGAUCUCUACGGAACUGCAGUUUUCCUUCCAUGCAUUGUCUGCUUGCUCCUUGCACUUACAUGGGGUGGCAGCAGGUAUGAUUGGAAUAGCGGCCGCAUCAUUGCCCUCUUGGUCAUCUUUGCUGUCCUCGCCAUCGCUUUUGUUGCCAUCCAGGUCUGGCGCCAAGAGAAUGCCACGGUCCCGCCCCGUAUCUUUAAGAACAGGAACGUUUGGGGAAGUGCUUGGUUCGGUGCUAUGGUUGGAGCAGCCUUCUUUGUCGUUGUCUACUAUCUUCCUAUCUGGUUCCAAGCCAUCAAGGGCGUCUCAGCCACUAAAUCCGGAAUCAUGAACCUUCCCGCUAUUCUCGGAGUGGUCACCAUCUCCAUGCUUGCUGGCGGUCUCGUUACAGCUCUCGGAUAUUAUACUCCGUUCAUGUUGAUCAGCUCCGUGUUCAUGGCCAUUGGAGCCGGACUCCUCACUACUUUCGAAACCGAUACCAAUCAUCCCCGAUGGAUCGGCUAUCAAUUCAUCUUCGGUGCUGGUGUCGGUUUCGGAAUGCAGCAGACCCUAAUCGCUGUCCAGACCGCUCUUCCCGCCGAUGACGUCGCCAUUGGUACAGCCGUCAUGAUGUUCUCCCAAACCCUUGGUGGCGCCCUUUUCAUAUCCGUCGGCCAAAACGUCUUCACAAACACGCUUAUCAAGAAUCUGCGAUCCGUCGUCCCCGACCUCAACCCUAGUCUCGUACUCACAGUCGGCGCAACGGAGCUCAAAAACGCGAUUCCCCAGCAGUUCCUCCAUGGCGUGCUGACAGCGUACAACCGAACCCUGACCCAGACUUUUUACGUUUCGGUUGCGACGGGUGUGGCGUCAAUUCUUGGCGCUAUCUUUGUUGAGUGGAAGAGUAUGAAGGGGAAGAAUAUCCAGAUGGCCGCUGCCUAA